GCGUUCUACUGUGGAGAAAAAAGUGGUUCGAAGAUGAAUCAUUGUAACCUUCAGCAGAACGCCUUCAUGUCCCGUGACGAAUCCAGAGGAUACGAUCUCUCUUGUGUCACAUCUCUUGUUUGUCCUAAGCCUCGUCGCGUUUGCAUUCUCCCAGACAACGUUUUUCGUCCUUUUAGAUUACAUUCGAGUCAAUCAGAAUCAGGAGCAGCUGAUGUAUGUGAUUCCAAAGCUGGGGCGGAUCUUUUGGACAUAAUUCGUAGAAAGGAAGAAACACCAUUUGCUGUAGCUUCAUCGCCUCCAUUUUUCCUGGGGUCUCCCCCGAGCAGAGCAGGAAACCCGUUAGCUCAAGAUGCGCGAUUUGGGGAUGAGAAACUCAGCUCAACCUCACCCUCGCUCUCACCAUUCCUCCCAUCUCCAUCUCCAUCACGUGUCAAAGGAGGAGGUUGUGGUCGAGUCAAGUUUGGGCUUAAACCAGCAGCUGUUAGGGUAGAAGGAUUCGAUUGCUUGAACAGGGACCGCCAGAACUCGAGCAUCACUGCCAUGGCUUAG